AGGCGACGGGGCAGACGGUGGUACUACGACAGGCGCGGGGCGGAGGGGCGGAGGGGAUGCGCCGCGGCAGCCGCGGCUCAGGCUCCGGUGCUUGUGUUUGCAGGCGCCAGAGCAGUGAAUCCCGGUUUCAUUGCCGCAGCAGCGCGGUUGUCGCGCGCGGCUGAAGACGCUCUACCUCUCUGCUCUUCAGUUUUUUUUUUUAAUAACCGGAACCAAUGAACGCAGCUGGGACCUGGGCUCCGGUGGCUGCCGGUGCCGAGGGAACCAGGCUGGCGUCCGGCGGGAGCUCGCGUCCGAGGCGGUGGGGGCCGCCUGAGGAGUUGCAGGCGGCAGCACCUCGCGGAGCGAGCGAGCGGCGGGCGGCCGGGGCACCCGCGCGAUAUCUCCCCGCUCCUCCUCCUCCUAGUCCUCAUCCCGCCACGACGCCCGGUCUGGCCUCGGGCUGGCUGCUGCGCCGGCAUUGGGCUGCGCUGCUGCUGCUCUGGCUGCUGGCUGCCGGCGCGGCGGACGGAUGCGAGCUGGUGCCCAGGAACCUCCGUGGGAGGCGGGCGGCGGGCUCUGCCGCGGCAGCCGCCUCCUCUCCCACUUCGGCGGCGGGCGAGAGCCCGGCGCUCCUGACAGAUCCCUGCAUGUCACUGAGUCCACCAUGCUUUACAGAAGAAGAUAGAUUUAGUCUGGAAGCUCUUCAAACAAUACAUAAACAGAUGGAUGAUGACAAAGAUGGUGGAAUUGAAGUAGAUGAAAGUGAUGAAUUUAUCAGGGAAGAUAUGAAAUAUAAAGAUGCUACUAAAAAACACAGCCAUCUGCACCGAGAAGAUAAGCACAUAACUGUUGAGGAUUUGUGGAAACGAUGGAAGACAUCAGAAGUUCAUAAUUGGACCCUCGAUGACACACUUCAGUGGUUGAUAGAAUUUGUUGAACUACCCCAGUAUGAGAAGAAUUUUAGAGAUAAUAAUGUCAAAGGAACAACACUUCCCAGGAUAGCAGUACAUGAACCUUCAUUUAUGGUCUCUCAGUUGAAAAUCAGCGACCGGAGUCACAGACAAAAACUUCAGCUCAAGGCACUGGAUGUGGUUUUGUUUGGACCUCUGACACGCCCUCCUCAUAACUGGAUGAAAGAUUUUAUCCUCAUAGUUUCUAUAGUAAUUGGUGUUGGAGGUUGCUGGUUUGCUUACACGCAGAAUAAAACCUCAAAAGAACAUGUUACAAAAAUGAUGAAAGACUUAGAGAGUCUCCAAACUGCAGAGCAAAGUCUACUGGACUUACAAGAGAGGCUUGAAAAGGCUCAGGAAGAAAACAGAAAUGUUGCUGUAGAAAAGCAAAAUCUAGAGCGCAAAAUGAUGGAUGAAAUCAAUUACGCAAAGGAGGAGGCUUGUCGGCUGAAAGAGCUGAGGGAGGGAGCUGAGAGUGAAUUGAGUAGACGUCAAUAUGCAGAGCAGGAAUUGGAACAGGUUCGAAUGGCUUUAAAAAAGGCUGAAAAAGAAUUUGAAUUCAGAAGCAGCUGGUCUGUUCCAGAUGCACUUCAAAAAUGGCUUCAGUUAACACAUGAAGUAGAAGUACAGUACUACAAUAUUAAAAGACAAAAUGCUGAAAUGCAGUUAGCUAUUGCUAAGGAUGAGGCAGAGAAAAUUAAAAAGAAGAGAAGCACAGUCUUUGGGACGCUGCACGUUGCACACAGCUCCUCCUUGGAUGAGGUGGACCACAAAAUUCUGGAGGCCAAGAAAGCUCUUUCUGAGUUGACAACUUGUUUACGAGAACGACUUUUUCGCUGGCAACAGAUUGAGAAGAUCUGUGGCUUUCAAAUAGCCCAUAACUCGGGACUGCCCAGCCUGACCUCUUCCCUUUAUUCCGAUCACAGCUGGGUUGUGAUGCCCAGAGUCUCUAUUCCACCCUAUCCGAUUGCUGGGGGAGUCGAUGACUUAGAUGAAGAUACACCCCCAAUAGUGUCACAGUUUUCUGGGACCAUGGCUAAACCUGCCGGAUCAUUGGGCAGAAGCAGUAGCUUGUGUCGCUCUCGUCGCAGCAUUGUGCCCGCCUCGCCGCAGUCCCCGCGUGCUCAGCUCGCUGCACAUACUCCUCACCCGCCACACGCUCGGCAUGUCCACCAUGCUCAGCUCACACAGCACGCGUUGACUUCUCCUGAUCCAGACAUCCUCUCAGUGUCCAGUUGCCCUGUUCUCUAUCGGAGUGACGAGGAGGAGGAGGCCAUUUACUUCUCUGCUGAAAAGCAAUGGGAAGUGCCAGACACAGCUUCAGAAUGUGACUCCUUAAAUUCUUCCAUCGGAAGGAAACAGUCUCCUCCUUCAAGCCUUGAGAUAUACCAAACAUUGUCUCCUCGAAAGAUAUCAAAAGAUGAGCUCUCCCUGGAGGAUUCAUCCAGAGGAGAUUCACCCAUCACCGCAGACCUCUCUCGGGGUUCUCCUGAUUGUGGGGGUCUGACAGAGACGAAGAGUAUGAUCUUCAGUCCCACAAACAAAGUGUACAACGGCGUCCUGGAGAAGUCCUGCAGCAUGAACCAGCUCUCCAGUGGCAUCCCGGUGCCCACAGCACGCCACACGUCCUGCUCCUCCGGCGGCAGCCGCAGUAAAGCAGUGCAGGAGGUCCUGAACGCCGCCAGGGUGGGCAGCAUCCCGCACGACCUCUGUCAUAACGGAGAGAAAAGCAAAAAGCCAUCAAAAAUUAAGAGCCUUUUUAAGAAGAAGUCUAAGUGAACUGACUGACUCGCUGGAAUUCUAUUCAAGUGGCAUCUUUAAACUUUUAUCUCCCACCCUCUGUUCCCCUUUUUUUGUUUUAAUUUUAGGAAUGUAACUCCAUUGGGGCUUUCCAGACUGGAUGCCAUAGUGGAAUGUCCUUAAGGGCAGCUGUCUACUGUCUGCUUAUUUAAAUGACUAUAUAAUCAAUUUGUCAAGCUAGUUAUUACUGAAAAAUUAUUAAGAGAGACAGUUUACAGUAAUUUCUGCCUAUUUAUUUCUGCUUUGUUAUUAGUGAUGUAUAUACAACAUUUUGUUGAAAGCCACUAUGGACUUACAAGCUUUAAUGGACUAGUAAGCCAGCAUGGGCUUGCACAAAUUUCUUGUUUACCAGAGCAUCUUCUUAUCUUUCCACAGAGCUAUUUACAUCCUGGACUAAAUAACUCAAAAGAAGUAAAACUAAUUGCACUACUGUUUUCCAGACUGGAAAAAAAAUCUCUGCAAGUGAAACUGUAUAAAGUUUAUAAAGUGACUGUGGAUAGGGGUCUGUUUUCACUUUUAGAUCAAAUGGGUUUUUAAGUAGAACCUAGGAUUUCUAAUUGACUUGAUUUCUGGAAAUGAAAACCCAUGCUUUUAUUAUGGGAAGCUUCUUUAAAUGCAUUUAAUAUUAUAAAGUUUCAAGUCCUGCUGUAAAGAUCUUGUUGUCUUGUUUUUCCCAGGGCUUUCACUGUGAUUGACUGCGUUGCAGGCUGUAUCAGAAUAUCAGUAAUUUAAAGACAGAAGGCUCUUUAUUCCUUAUGCAAGUGGAAGAGUUAAAACUUGGUCGAAGGACUUAAAAACAUUCACAAGCUUAAACUGAGGUGGGGGGACAUGGGGAUUCAGACACUUGUUUACAGACUUUGAAUAACUGCAAAGGAUUUAUGGUUUGUGAAGAAUUUGUACUGUGGAAAAGAUAAUAAAAUUGGAGACAUUA